AUGAGGUGGAGUCGCCCUCUGCCCUGGGCCGUUUGGGGACCUGGCCUGGCAAGAGCACCUCAGCCAGCAGAUGAAAAUAUCCUCUGGAUGACCCAUUGGAAUUGGGCCCUUAAAGGGGGCUGUUCCCUUGGCCCCCCUAGGGCCUUUACCCAUCACUACGGAAGCUCAGUGGGCAGUGUUCCCCCGUCAGGGAGGCAUGGACCCGUGUUACGGAGCAUCUCUGCUGUUGAGGCCGUCCAGCGGCACCGCCGGAACCUGGCCGAGUGGUUUAGCCGGCUACCCCGGGAGGAGCGCCAGUUUGGCCCCACCUUUGCACUGGACACGGUGCACGUGGACCCCGUGGUCCGCGAGAGCUCGCCCGAGGAGCUGCUCCGCCCGCCUGCGGAACUGCGGUCCCCUGCGCAGCCGCCCCCCGCCGCGCGCUCCAGCCUGGCCCUGUCUCAGCUCUUCGACCCCGACGCCUGCGGGUGCCGCGUGCAGACGGUGGUCCUGUACGGGGCCGUGGGCACCGGCAAGAGCACGCUGGUGCGCAAGAUGGUGCUGGACUGGUGCCACGGGCGGCUGCCGGCCUUCGAGCUGCUCAUCCCCUUCUCCUGCGAGGACCUGUCCUCCCCGGGCCCGGGCCCGGCCUCCUUGUGCCAGCUGGUGGCCCGGCGCUACACGGCGCUGAAGGAGGUUCUGCCCCUGAUGGCCGCGGCGGGCUCUCGCCUGCUCUUUGUGCUCCAUGGCUUGGAGCGGCUCAACCUGGACUUCCGGCUGGCAGGCACGGGGCUGUGCAGCGACCCCCAGGAGCCGCUGGCGCCGGCUGCCAUCCUCGUCAAUCUGCUGCGCAAAUACAUGCUGCCUGAGGCCCGCAUCCUGGUGACCACCCGGCCCUCCGUCGUGGGCCGCAUCCCCAGCAAGUACGUGGGCCGCUACGGGGAGAUCUGCGGCUUCUCCGACACCAGCCUGCAGAAGCUCUACUUCCAGCUGCGCCUGCACCAGCCGGACUGCGGGCCCGGCGCCGCGGGCGCGGGCGGCCCCACGGCGGCGCAGCGGGACAGCCUGGUGGAGAUGCUCUCGCGGAACCUGGAGGGCCACCACCAGAUCACGGCCGCCUGCUUCCUGCCCUCCUACUGCUGGCUGGUGUGCGCCACCCUGCACUUCCUGCACGCGCCCGCGCCCGACGGCCAGACGCUCACCGGCAUCUACACCAGCUUCCUGCGCCUCAACUUCGGCGGCGAGGUGCUAGCCGGCGGCGACCCCGCCCCGCUGUCCCUGAUGGCCUACGCCGCCCGCACCAUGGGCAAGCUGGCCUACGAGGGCGUGUCCUCCCGCAGGACCCGCUUCUCCGAGGAGGACGUGCGCGGCUGCCUGGAGGCGGGCGUCCGCUCGGAGGAGGAGUUCCAGCUGCUGCACAGCUUCCGCGCCGACGCCCUGCGCUUCUUCCUGGCCCCGUGCGUGGAGCCGGGGCACCCGGGCACCUUCGUGUUCACGGUGCCCGCCCUGCAGGAGUAUCUGGCCGCGCUCUACAUCGUGCUGGGCCUGCGCAAGACCACGCUGCAGCGGGUGGUCAAGGAUGUGGCCGAGCUGGCCGGCCGCGUCGGCGAGGACGUCAGCCUGGUCCUGGGCAUCCUGGCCAAGCUGCUGCCGCUGCGCAUCCUGCCCGUGCUCUUCAACCUGCUGAAGGUGGUCCCACGCGUGUUUGGGCGAAUGGUGGGGAAGAGCCGAGAGGCGGUGGCCCAGGCAAUGGUGCUGGAGAUGUUCCGAGAGGAGGAUUACCACAACGAUGACGUCCUGGACCAGAUGGGCGCCAGCAUCCUGGGCCUGGAGGGCCCCCGGCGCCACCCCGGCGAGGCCCCCGGGGACGAGGUCUUCGAGCUCUUCCCCAUGUUCAUGGGGGGGCUUCUCUCCGCCCAGAACCGGGCCAUGCUGGCCCAGUUGGGCUGCCCCAUCAGGAACCUGGAUGCCCUGGAGAACGCCCAGGCCAUCAAGGAGAAGCUGGGCAAGCUGGGCCGGCGAGCGCUGCCCGCCUCCGAGCUCCUGGACCACCUCUUCUUCCACUACGAGUUCCAGAACCAGCACUUCUCUGCCGCGGUGCUCCGCUCCCUGCGCCGGCUCGACCUGGCGGGCGUGCGCAUGACACCCCGCAAGUGCAUGGUGGUGGCGGCUGUCCUGGGCAGCGGCAGGCAUGCUCUGGACGAGGUGAACUUGGCCUCCUGCCAGCUGGACCCUGCGGGGCUGCGCACGCUCAUGCCCGUCCUCCUGCGUGCCCGGAAGCUGGGCUUGCAGCUCAACAGCCUGGGCCCGGAGGCCUGCAGGGACCUCCGAGAGCUGCUGCUGCACAGCCAGUGCCAAGUCACCACCCUGCGACUGUCCAACAACCCGCUGACGGCCGCAGGGGCGGCCUCGCUGGUGGAGGGCCUGGCGGGAAACACCUCCCUGACACACCUGUCCCUGCUGCACACGGGUCUCGGGGACGAGGGCCUGGAGCUGCUGGCUGCCCAGCUGCAGCGAAACCAGCAGCUGCAGGAGCUGAAUGUGGCCUACAACGGCGCCGGCGACUCCGCGGCCCUGGCCUUGGCCAAGGCGGCCUGGGAGCACCCGUCCCUGCAGCUGCUGCACCUCUACUUCAACGAGCUCAGCUCCGAGGGCCGCCAGGUGCUGCGGGACCUGGGGGACGCGGCGGAGGGCCGCGCGCGCGUGGUAGUGUCGCUGACGGAGGGCGCGGCCGUGUCCCAGUACUGGUCGGUGAUCCUCGGCGAAGUCCAGCGCAACUUCCACAGCUGGGACCGGGCCCGCGUGCGGCGCCACCUCCAGCUCCUGCUGCGGGACCUGGAGGACAACCGCGGCGCCACCCUGAACCCGUGGCGCAAGGCCCAGCUGCUGCGCGUGGAGGGCGAGGUGACGGCGCUGCUGGGGCGGCUGGGCGGCCCUGGCCGCUGA